AACAUGUGCUUACAUUUACCUUAAUGACUGACUCAGGAAACUGUUGACCAUUAACGUUUGGUGUGUUGUUGUUCUCAGGAUGCGGCAUGGUACCUGAGGAGGCACAAACAGGAACUGGAGCUCCUUCUGAUUGGCAGCAAAACCAUGGGUGUAGAGUUUACAGAAGGGAAUUAUUGGAGCAGCACAGGUCGAAGAGAGGACUCAAACAGGAUUCCUUCUGGUACAGACGGCUGGAUGGAGUAUGUUCCCAUCUCAGAGAAGAAGAACAUCUCUGCUCUUUCUCCACAGCAAUUCAAAGAAGGUGGCCCCUUGCUGUUUGACAAGGUGCAGCUGGUGCAGGACUCUGCGGCCCUGAACGGGACGCAGCGGGUGCUGCUGGAUGAUGUCAUAUCUGAGGAGGAGUGCUCGGACCUGAGAGACCUGGCACAUGCUGUCACCAAAGCAGGAGACGGCUACAGAGGGAGGAUGUCUCCACACACUCCCAACGAGAAGUUUGAAGGAGCCACUGUGCUCAAAACCCUGCAGUACAGCUAUGAGGGCAGGGUGCCGAUGAGGAGCGCUCGCAUGUUCUAUGACAUCAGCGAGCGAGCGAGGCAGAUCAUCGAGUCGUACUUCCUGCUCAACUCCACCCUACACUUCUCCUACACACACCUAGUGUGCCGGACGGCCAUCACAGGCCAGCAGGAUCACAGGAAUGACCUGAGCCAUCCCAUCCAUGCUGACAACUGUCUGCUGGACCCCGAGGCCAAUGAGUGCUGGAAGGAGCCUCCAGCGUACACAUACAGAGACUACAGUGCACUGUUAUAUCUCAAUGGAGAUUUUGAAGGAGGGGAGUUCAUAUUCACAGAAAUGGAUGCCAAAACAGUCACGGCAUCAGUGAAGCCCAAGUGUGGGCGGAUGGUGGGUUUCUCAUCCGGAGGGGAGAAUCCACACGGUGUGAAGGCCGUCACGAGCGGGCAGAGGUGUGCCGUCGCUCUGUGGUUCACUCUGGACCCGCUCUUCAGAGAACUGGAGAGACUUCAGGCGGAUGAGGUGAUCCAGGCGUUGGACACGCAGUCUGUUUGGGGUCCAGGCCUCAACAUCAACCCUAAAGAUGAACUGUAGAAGCUUCACCUCUUCCCCUUCUACCAAAUCCUUCUAAAUAUUUUAACUAUUUAUUGAAAAAGUCUUUGGAUCAGAACUUUUCUAUGUUUGUACUGUUUGAAGUGCAAGGUUCAUAAUGUCGUCAUUUUUGUGGGGUUUUUUCUACCCACAAGUAUUUGAGUUCACCUUUUGUCUUUCCCUCCAGCGACAGCUUCUUGUAGAGAAAGAAAUCCAACUAUUUCUGUUUUGUUUUGUUGCACCUGGUUUCAUUCAAGACUGGUCAUAUCUGUAACCUACUGAACUGUGAAGAAGCCAAACAGAAGCAGACAUUUAUUUAUUUUUUGCUCUGAGUUCUGAGUUGUUCUGGUUUUGGACGACAUUUCGAAUGGGUUUUAUUCAUAAACACGAUGCAGAUAUUUACAAAAAAUAUCUUACUUUUAGUUGUCUCUGUUUUAAAAUAACUCACAAUUGCAAGUACUAUUCAUAAGUAACAGCAUAAUGUUCUUCAAUAUUCUUUUGUGACAGUAAUAACUAUUUUCAAUGUAGAAAGCGUUCUGUUUUUCUAAUUUGGGUACCUGAUUUUAUAAUAGUGCUCAUACAAAGAGUUUAAGAAAGAGAUAUGUUCUUAUAUGCUGAAUAUUUAAUGAUCAUGCACUCUGUCCUUCUCUUCUGUGCCAAGUCUGAAACUGUAAAUGUCUUAUUUUCCUUUGUUGUUGCCGUGAAUAACCCCCCCUUACUCUCUGGGCACACAGAGCAGAAUAUUCUGUUUUCCAUGUUCACUGACUUAUUUUACUAUUAUUUAUGUGUUUUUAAUAAUAGACAGCUGCUGACGUAACUGUUGGCAUUUAAUAUGAGGAACUUUUUUCAUAAAAGAUGUCAAUCAUUCCUGUUUCAAGGAAUAAAUAUGUAUCUAUCUUUUUUUGUCUUUAUGAUUGUGUUGAGGAUACAGAUGAGAGGUCGAAUCGUGCACUGUAAACCCAAUGGAGAAAACGUGCACAAAGUUUCUUUCUUUUUUUACAUAGAUACAAACUGCUAACCAGAAAUCUUAAACCGGUCGUGCUAUGAGGUUGGCCACUUUUGUUUCACUGAUAUUUAAUUCUGAAAUGCUGUAGCACACAAACAUUGAUGUGUCCAUGUCUAUAAAUGAAAAUGAUAAAAUUCCAUAUCUACAUUGAA